AUGAACGAUCAUCUUAAAAGUCGCAUCACGCCCGCUCCGUCCUCGAAGUAUUUGACCGCCUUUCGCACCCGUUUCGGAACUUUCCGCUGGAAAGUCCUCCCGUUCGGUCUGAAGGUAGGUCCCGCCUGGUUCCAGCAGUUUAUCAACGCGCAGCUUCACGAUCUCCUCGACCGGUGCGCCAGCGCCUACGCAGAUGACGUCCUGAUCUACUCGGAUAAAGAAGAAGACCACUGGAAAGACUGUCAAGAAGUGAUCUGGCGACUCCAUCAGGCCAACCUCCAGGGAGACAUCAAGAAGUCUAGAUUUAACGUGACCAAGGUUGACUACCUCGGCGUUCUGCUUGAAGCCGGUGUGGGCCUUAGUGUCGACCCUCGGAAAGUUCGAUCGAUACAAGACUGGAAGUUUGAAGACCUCCGAGACCGCACCGCGAUCCGAUCAUUCGUUGGCCUAUGCAACUUCAUCCGUGUUUUCUGCUACCACGCCUCCGGAGUGGCAGAACCCUUGAACCGGUUGCUUAAGAAGGAUGUUGCCUUUGUGAUGGGCCCGGAGCAACGCGAAGCAUUUGAUCAACUCAAGCGCCUGGCUAUCGAAGCCCCGGUCCUCGCCUUCUUUAGACCAGAACUGCCGACCCGACUGGAGACCGAUGCCUCCCGGAAUGCCACAGCUGGUGUUCUAUGGCAGGAACAGCCUGAUCAGACCUGGAAGCCCGUUGAUUCUUCUCUAAGACCAUGA